AUGAAAUCACGACUCUUUAUCUCGAUAAGCCUAAUUGUCAGUUUGUGGUGCACUACUUACGGCCAAUAUUUUGUUCUUCUCAAAGACAAACAAACUUUGGAUAGUUUCAUCUCUUACGAUGAGACCUAUCCCGAUUCGGAGCGGGUCCUGCCAUAUAUCCAAGAGUCAUACAAUAUUGGCGAUUCGUUGAUAAUUUCUGGAGAGUUCCCUGAAAAGGCACUAAAGAGACUUCGGCGGUGCCCUAUGGUUUCUGAGCUAACUGCAGAUAUCACCUUUCAAGCCUUUGAAUUGAUGGAGCAAGACGAUGCACCACGACACUUGGUAUCUCUCUCGAAUUACUAUGGCCACGGUGAUCAUAGAAAUUCAUACUACUAUGACAAUGAUGUAAAUGGUAAAGGAGUCAACGUUUACGUCAUUGAUGGUGGAAUUGAUCGCCAAGGUCGACAAUUCUCAGGCCGUAUAUUAGCAGGAGUCGACUUCACCAAUAACACUCAGGGAACCACAGAUGUGCAUGGCCAUGGCACACACGUAGCAGGAAUCAUUGGCUCGAAAACUUUUGGUGUCGCAAAAGAUGCAGAUCUUAUUAUUCUCAAAGUGUUGGAUAGUCAGGGUCAAGGAAGCUUGGGCCUGAUAGUAUCGGCGCUUGAGUUUGCAGUCAAUCAUCAUCGCCAAUCGGGCAUUCCUGGAGUAGCCAACUUGAGCUUGGGGGCUCCCUACAGCACAUUGAUUAAUCGUGUUGUCGAUUCAGUUUCUAGAGCGGGAUUGGUGGUGGUGGUGGCAGCAGGCAACGCCGCCCAAAACGCAUGUAACGUGCUGCCAGCUAGCGCGAAGUCUGCAAUCACCGUCGGAGCCAUUGAUGAUAGGACAAAUAGAAUCGCCGAAUUUUCGAAUUGGGGCUCUUGUGUGGACAUUUUCGCCAGUGGUGUGGACGUUGCCAGUGUGAGUGCUAAGAAGCUGAAGCUGCAAAAGCUUCUGAAACUGCUGCGACAAGGGUUACAUGUAUAUUCAGGAACGUCAAUGGCGGCGCCGGUUGUCGCCGGAUUGAUAGCCAAUUUCUUGAGCAUGGGCAUAUCUCCUGACUCAGUCAAGAACCAUAUGUUGGAGCUAGCCAUUGAUGGAAGUAUACCACGGGAUGAUAUUAUUGCCAGACCAAACACGCCAAAUUUGGUGGCAUAUAAUGGGUUAGAUCCUGAAGAUCUGGAUGGAGAGUCUGAAAGUGAAUCAGAUAAUGAUACAUAA